AGUUACGACCGGGCGCGACAGCGAUUUCUGGUUCCCGACACGCGACGAACAACGCAAGCGACGAACCCGCGCGAUCUACGAACAACGAGUCGGCACAGUCUUUAGUUGUUGAUAUUUUGAACAAAUUAUUUAAAUGUUCAGUCGAGAAACGGUCGUCAAGAUGAAAACAGCUGCCCAGCUCAGUUUUAGUUUCCUAGUGCUACUGAGUGUUGUGAUUGGUUUAUCGGCAGCGCAAAGCCAACUCAGACGGCAAUAUGAAUCUAAUCGUCGCACACCCGCCCGUGACAGGGAAGCUGCGGUGAAAACUGCACCCGUCAGGGAAACGAAAAAUCCCAGCCGAAGUGCCUCCGCCGCCGCAGAAGAAGAGUUGGACCCGGAACUGUCGGAGAAUUGCCCGGAACCAAAUGGAUUCUUUGCGGACGCUGAACAGUGUGAUAAAUAUUACGCGUGUCGCGAAGGUCACAUCGAGGAGAAACUUUGCCCGGACGGCAUGGUAUUCAACGAUUACGACCUGGAACAAGAAAAGUGCGAUUUGCCGUUCAAUAUUGAUUGCUCCAAAAGGCCGAAGCUUCAAACUCCAAUUCCCUCGCAGCACUGCCCUCGGCAGAACGGAUAUUUCGCCAGUGAAACCGGUUCCUGUGACAAGUUCUACUACUGCGUCGAAGGAAAGUUCAACAUGAUAACAUGUCCCGCUGGACUGGUUUUCAACCCAAAGAACGGUAUCUGCACGUGGCCCGAUGAAGCCGCCAAAAAGGGAUGCUCUUCGGAGGAGCUGUUUCAAUUUAGUUGCCCGAAAGUAAAUGAAACAUUCGCCGUCAGCCAUCCGAGGUACGCCGAUCCGGACGACUGUCAGUUCUUCUAUGUAUGCAUCAACGGGGAAACGCCACGUCGCAACGGUUGUAAACUAGGACAGGUCUUUGAUGACACUGUCAAACAUUGCGAGUGGGCCAGGAAGGUUCCAGAAUGCGCCGACUGGUACAAAAAUCGUUUAACAGAUGCUGAGCUUGACGCUCUGGAGAAUCCCCCUACCACAAAGGCACCCCCAGGCAAGGGUUCGACUAAAGUUUCUCGCCGGCGUCCGUCCAAAAAACCAAAGCUAGAAGAAGAGUAGAGUUUUUUUACAGCGAGCAUAAAUUAUACUUUAUUUGAAACAAAAUACUCAUGAGAUGUUUCGGAAUAACUCAUUAAAUUUUACUAUUUAUUUGUGCAUCCGGAAUCUUCGAAAGGAAAAAACUUAAUAAACUUUAAAAUUACGGUAAUAAAACCAGUACAUACA